AUGGCCACCGCGGUGAGGGUAAUCACCAAGUGGGGCCACCCCACCGCGGACAUCACCCACCUCGUUGUCUCCACUAACGCCGGCGCCCACUCCCUUGGGACCGACGAGUGGCUCGCGGCACUCCUCGGCCUCCGUGCCACCGUCCAACGCACCAUCCUCUACAUGCACGGCUGCUCCGCCAGCUGCAGCGCGCUUCGCCUCACCAAGGACAUCGCCGAGAACAACCACGGGGCGCGCGUGCUCGUGGCCUGCACGGAGGUCUUCCUCAUAGUGUUCGCCGCCCCCGACAAGGCCCACCUUGACACCCUCGUCACGCAUUGCCAUUUGUGUAAUGCUGUUAACUACAAACCUGACUGA